CUGGUGACGUCUGAAUUAGAUGGCCUGCGGGAGCCGACGAGCUGGACAUGUAAACACCGUUGCGGGAUAUUUAAUCGGCUAUCGCGGUGGCGGGAGCGUUGGGCGCUAUUAAAAUGACAAGAAUCCACCUUGGAGAAGAGCUUACGAUUUAAAAUCUUCAUUGUAGCGUGUCAGCUGAGAUGGCUCGUGACAAUCAUGGAAGUCCCCAAGAGGAUGCCGCCUUGAUAAGCUUAUCACCAAGCACAUCUCAUUCACCUUGCCCACCCCGUGCUCCCAGUGAUCUCCCAGAUGAGCUUGUGCAAGCUGGAUGGGAGAAAUGCUGGAGUAAAAGAGAGAGCCGUCCUUAUUACUUCAACCGAUUCACUAAUCAGUCUCUGUGGGAGAUGCCUGUCCUUGGCCAGCAUGAUGUCAUUUCUGAUCCACUGGGUCUUAAUGCAGCCCCAGUUCCAGCAGAGGGGGCAAUGCCAGAGACUCCUAAAGAUACCAGACCCCCAAAAAGGAGGAUAUCUGAGGAUCUGUCAGCAGGAGAGACUGUUAAGAAGCUGAAGACAGAAUCAACUCCUGUUGCACCUGGAUCAGUACCCAGUUCUCCUGUCUUCCCAGGAGUACAAGUGGAAGAAAAGCAGCUCACUGCUCUUCUGAAAACUACAGAUGUUUACUGGGACUUGGACAUUCAAAGCAAUGUAGUAGUGAAGCCACUUCCACCAUCACACCUUCUGCUACCUCCAUCUCAGUACUUGCCCCCACAUCCUGAAGUGGAGCUUUUGCGGGCACAACUUGUUCUCAAACUGAGACAGCACUACCGUGAGCUGUGCCAACAGAGAGAAGGAAUUGACCCUCCCCGGGAAUCUUUUAAUCGCUGGAUGCUUGAGAGGAAAGUUCUGGAUCGUGGUCCAGAUCCCCUGCUGCCAAGUGACUGUGACCCUGCAGUGUCACCAUCCAUGUUCCGAGAAAUUAUGAAUGAUGUUCCCAUAAGACUGUCUCGCAUCAAGCAUCGGGAGGAAGCCAAAAGGCUGUUGUUUAAGUAUGCAGAGGCUGCCAAACGUCUCAUCGAGUCAAGGAGUGCCUCCUCUGAUAGCAGGAAGAUGGUGAAGUGGAAUGUAGAGGACACAUUUAGCUGGCUUCGUAGAGACCACUUAGCCACUAAGGAAGACUACAUGGAUCGCCUGGAACACCUCCGCAAACAGUGUGGUCCCCAUAUGACAGCUGUGGCCAGAGAUUCAGUAGAGGGUAUAUGCAGUAAAAUUUACCAUAUUUCCCGGGAGUAUGUCAAGAGGAUCAGAGAGAAACACCUGGCACUGCUACGUGAUGCCAGCAUCCCAGUUGAUCAAGUCCCAGCAGUAUCACCCCAAGACAGACGAGUCUUCUGUCACCCAAUUCGAUUAUCAGUGCCUGCAUUGCCAACUCAACCAGGAGUGGAAGUACAACAAGAAGGCAGUUUAGUUUGUGUGCGCUUCAAAGGGGAAUCUGUGAGAAUCAACCAGAGCUACUUCAGUAAACUGUACCAGCUUUAUCGUCUCAGCUGUAUAGAUGAUUCUGGAACAGAAAGAUUCCUGUCUCGAGUCUGGUGUCUCUUGCGAAGGUAUCAGGUUAUGUUUGGCACAGCACAGUAUGAAGGGUCCGGCCUGCAGGGAGCAUUACCAGUUCAUGUGUUUCAGACUUUGCACAAGGUUUUUGAGGUGACCUUGGAGUGUUUUGCAUCGCCAUUAAACUGUUACUUCAAACAGUACUGCUCUGCCUUCCCAGACACAGAUGGAUAUUUUGGGUCCAGGGGGCCUUGCUUGAGUUUCUUCCCUGUCAGUGGUUCGUUUGAGGCCAACCCUCCAUUCAGCGAGGAACUGAUGGACGCUAUGGUCACACAUUUUGAGAACCUUCUAGAGAGUUCAGAUCAGCCCCUGUCCUUCAUCAUCUUCAUCCCAGAGUGGAGAGAUCCCCCAACACCAGCUCUGACCCGCAUGGAGAGCAGCCGCUUCAAGCGACACCAGCUGCUUCUUACAGCCUUUCAACAUGAAUACCGAAGCGGAUCCCAGCAUAUGUGCAAAAGGGAGGAGCUCUACUAUAAGGCUGUCCAUAACACAGCAGUGAUUUUCCUUCAGAAUGAACCAGGCUUCCUGAAAUGGACACCUACAGCAGAGCGGGUUCAGGAGCUCAGUGCGUCUUACAAGCACUCUGGGCGAGUAGCCAACUCAUCUGUGGCAUUAGAAAAAGAGCCUACACAAGAAGAAGGCACAAGCAAGGACAGCACGGCAAACUGAAACCGUACAGGAGAAGGCUUCCACUAUAAUAAGUAGCAUAAUGUGUUCCAGCUGUGACAAGCUGCAUCUGCCCUGCGUACAGAUCGAAAAAUGUAUCUUCUUUGACCUGUUUUCAUAACAAGAACAACAGACAGACACACCAAGCCUAUAAGGAAGACCUGUUCGUUUAUAGAGUUGAAUGUGACCUUUCCUUUGCUGAAGUCUCCCAUACUAAGAACUUAAACAUAUUUUGUUCCUUUGGAGUUCAGUGAAGCUUUGCAGAAUGCCACAAGGCAUAUCUCAAGUGGCAGAGUAUGUGUAUGAGUUCCUAGAGCAGGGUGUGAUUGUAUAUGAGUUUUUUAGCACACCGUAUAAGUGGUACAUCAUUUGGGUUGGGUGUGAGUGUGCAUUCAUCCAUAUGGCAUAGUGUGUGUUAACAUCAUUUCCUUAGGGCAGAUUAUGGAUGUAUAACAACUCAUUAAGGCAAAGUGGAAGAGUGCAUCUGUUCCUUAGCAGCGGGUGUGACUGUUCAUAGAUUUCUUAGGGCACAUUAUUAGCUUCUAUUAUAAAGUAUACAUAGUGCGGGACUGCCUUUGGCCUAUAGGGCACAAAUGCUUACACAUGGUUCCCUCAUGUCAGUGUUGACAGCACAAGAUACAGAUUGAGAGACUGUGGUAAGACACUAGGCCUCUGCAUGGCUCUCUAAGCAGCCGUGUGUCAAGUAGAGCACUCCCAUUAAGUUGUCAGAUGAAGCAGCGCUACAAUUUCAGCAACUUCAUUGGUGGAAACUUGCUGCUUCAAGGGAGGCAACCCCUCCUUUCAAGAAGAAGGGACUUGUUUUAUUUGUAUAUAGAUAUUUGUGUAUUUGCUCUCCGCAUUUUAUUGUUGGUGUUGUGUUCUUCAUGGGGGGAGCUGUAGGGAUCUGCAUGUUUUCCUUUUAUAUUGUGAUUUGUACCCCAUUGUUUUAUCUGCUAAAUAUUAAGUGUAAUUAAUUUAAUGUCUAACCAUUUUAUUACUUUUAUCAAACAGUAAAAGUCUAUUUUUGAUUUUA